CAGGCGAUGGCACAGGCCCCGCCGGGCCCGGACCGCGGCUCCUUGGUGGCCUACGAGCCAGGGGCGGGCGGCCGCAUGGCCUCCGUCAGCUUCCAGAGCGCUGCCAUGGCUAGCGUCUUCGCCCGCUUCCCCCGGGUACUGCUGGUGCACCGGGCCGGUGGGCCGGCGGGCCGCGCGCUCUAUGUCUUCCUGGUGGCCGGGCCGGCCCCGGAGCUGCACGGCGGCAUGGCCAGGGUGGUGCAUCUUGCUGUCCCGCAGAACGAGUCGGUGGGAGGCCUGGCGCGCAUGUACGGGGCGUUCAGGGCCUUCAAUCCAGCCUGGGCUGAAACCCAGCUCCUCCUGAUGGGCCCUGGGCUGCCCCAGCCGUCUGUGCUUGCCCAGGCCUUCCCAGCAGCAGAGGUGCAGCUCUCCAUCUUCCACCUCUGCAAGGACCUGCAGCACCAGAUCCAGCGGCUGGCCUUGGAGGGCUGCACCGAGCACCUGAUCCUGGCUGCCCUGGGUGACACCAUGCAUGCAGCCACCGAGAGCAGCCGCAGAAAGAUGCACGCCCUUCUGAGAGACCUCAUGACACCAGACUUGCUGUCUCAGCUCCAUGUUCACUGGCUUCUCAAUGAUGAGAUCUGGGCCACGCACAAGGAGAGGACUUGGGGGCAGAGCAGUAACUACUUUAAGGACCUGGAGAUUGUCGCCCAGGGACUGAGCCAGAUUUUCAGCAGUGGGCUCUCUUUGGAGAGCUGCAUCACCUCCUUAGCCCAGUACUACCAAAAGUGUGUUUCUAAGAGUGCUCCUAAUGCUGUGAUUUGCUCUGCUCCCCAUCCUGAUCACUGUGCUGCUCAGGCAGCUCCCCAAAGUUUGCCUGCCAGGAGUUUGCCUCUUGCCCCUCCAGCAUGCCAGCGUAAGCAGUCUCGGAGCUCUGUCCAGGCUUCUGCCACCACAGCAACAGCUCAGCAGCAGUGGCCGGUGCCAGAGUCUCUCACAGCAGCUAAGAGUCCUGUGAUUGUUCACAGUCCACCAGCAGCUCUUCAUCAUCAGCCUGAAACCCCCCAGGCUCUCUUCUUCCAAGGUAAGCCUGCAAGCCCUCAGUUCUCAUUAGGUCCUUCAUCUCCUGUGGCUAAACUGGAGGCAAUGGAAAACCCAGAGGGUGACAGCAAGGACGAGAUUAACCGAAGGACUGAAGAACACAUUGAGCAGUCAUUGAGGGAUAUUUGCACGGAGCCCGCUGCCAGGCUGUGCCUGAGCGAGUUUGCAGUGGUUCAGAAGUCCGUGCAGCUGAUAGGCACUGGGGAGGAUGCUCUCAGCGUACAGGUCCUGGAGGAUGCCCACAGGGUGGACCUGAAAGGCCUGAGCAGCUGCACUUGCCAUUUCAACCAGGUCUUCCAGCUGCCCUGCCGGCACAUCUUGGCCAUGCUGGAUUCGGACAGGAAGACCCUGCAGCCGGAGAUGCUCAACAGACAGUGGCAGAAGGGAUGUGACGCCCAUCAGGCUGAGCAAUAUGGUGCUGAUGGCCUCUUGGAGGUCCUGAAGAGCUCCUGGAAUGAGUCUUUGGAUAAAUCCCUGGUGGUGUCAUUCCUCACGGCAGAGAUCAGCCGGGUUCUCGCCCACUGCAGCGGGGAGGAGUUUGAGCACAGGUACAGGAUCCUCCGGGAGCUGGCUGACAGCUGGAUUGGGCCCUACAUCGAGGUGAAGCUCUAACACCAAGUGGGACCCAAGCGGGCUGCUUCGUGUGCGGAUCCUUGGGAGCAGCUGGGCAGCAGAUGUGCAGGAGGCAUGUUCAUCACUCCACCAGUGUCUUGGCUUCCACCUUUAUUCCCCUUAGCCUAUCACUCCCUUGAGGGUUGGCAUAGAAGGGGCAGCUUGGGUCCUUUAUCUGCCAAAUGAGUGUUGCCUUUUGCAUGGGACAGCUGAGAAACCAGAUUGCAAACUCCUGAUCAUGCUGGAUGUGACCAGCUGCUGACCUGGCUAAUAGGAGGUGUGGCUGGGAGCCAACCAGGGGUGGUGCAGCGUGGGAGGUGAUGGUAUAACAUGUGACAAAAUUACUUGAUGCGUGGCCAGUGCCUGCAGGUCCUUCCAGCAUCCAGCUGUGAUGUGUUGUGCAACAAAGCCAAUAAAUUGGCCUUGUAUUGCUUGG